GAUAAAGUAAGAUGCGAAAUGCUAAGUAAGAAAGAAAAGUAACGCAUAGCAAUUAGUAACACAUAAGAAUCAUCUGCGGGUUAAGGGGGUCAAAUACUCAAAUCCUCACAAAUGGUUUCAGAAAAUUGAAAAACCAAACACCAAAACUAAACUAAACGCUGAAUGGACUGAACACAGCACUUUCUUUCUUUCUCUCUCUUCAGUGUUGUGUUUCUUUUCUCAUUCUCUCAGCUUUGCUUAGAUCCAGGGUGUUGUUGAUAGUGUUAACUACUGAUAGAAAAACAAUGUAUUGGUAUAUGCUUUAAGGAGAUACCCGCUGCUUGUGAAAUUGACAUAUAAACUCUGACAUCUAGAAGAAUUUUAGAUAUGGAAGAAAUACAGUCUCAAUCAGAUAAUUAUAGGUCUUCAUCAUCUUCAGCAAGCAGCCCGGCAAGCAGGGUUCCAUCAAGUAACUUCUUCUACUUGCGAAAACCUGGUUCAAUCAGGCAGCCAAUUUCGUUUGAGGAUUCACCUGAGUGGGAGGAUACUGAUACAGAUCUUAGAAUUGAGGAAGGAGGUGACUCCAUUAAUGCUGCGACAACGCCGGCUUCUCCUUCUCUCUCAAAGAUCAACAGUGGAUCCUUGCCGUCACCUCGUGUACCGGAGGGUGUGGUUAUACCUCGCAAAAUUGCUGGGGCUUCUGUUGCCUGGAAAGAUUUAACUAUUACAAUAAAGGGAAAAAGGAAGUACUCUGAUAAGGUUAUUAAGAGUUCAACUGGUUAUGCUUUACCGGGGACAAUGACUGUAAUUAUGGGUCCUGCCAAAUCAGGAAAGUCUACUUUAUUGAGAGCCAUUGCAGGAAGGUUGCAUCCGUCAGCCAGGAUGUAUGGUGAAGUGUUUGUGAAUGGGGCAAAGUCGCACAUGCCGUAUGGGUCAUAUGGCUAUGUGGAGAGAGAAACAACUUUGAUUGGUUCCCUCACCGUGCGAGAGUUUCUAUCCUAUUCAGCCCUACUUCAACUUCCUGGUUUUUUGUGUCAGAAAAAGAGUGUGGUAGAGGAUGCAAUACAUGCAAUGUCUUUAGAUGACCAUGCAAAUAAACUUAUAGGUGGACAUUGUUAUAUGAAGGGACUUCCUAGCGGGGAGAGAAGGCUUGUCAGUAUUGCCAGGGAGCUUGUGAUGAGACCACGCAUCUUAUUUAUCGACGAACCUCUUUAUCAUUUAGACUGUGUAGCGGCACUUCUGAUGAUGGUUACAUUGAAGAGACUUGCAAGCACCGGUUGUACUCUUAUAGUAACCAUUUAUCAAAGUAGCACAGAAGUCUUUGGCCUUUUUGACCGUAUAUGUCUGCUUUCAAAUGGGAAUACCCUGUUCUUUGGGGAAACAUUAGCUUGCCUGCAGCACUUUUCAAAUGCUGGAUUUCCUUGUCCAAUCAUGCAAAGUCCUUCUGAUCACUUUCUGAGGGCAAUUAAUACAGAUUUUGACAGAAUAAUUGCGAUGUGUAAAAACUGGCAGGAUGACAACGGAGAUUUUUCUUCUGUCAACAUGGACACGGCUGUUGCUAUACGCACACUUGAAGCAACUUAUAAGUCGUCAGCAGAUGCAGCUGCUGUUGAGACUAUGAUUUUGAAACUCACUGAGAAGGAAGGUCCAGGUCUCAAAAGCAAAGGCAAAGCUAACAAUGCUACACGGAUAGCAGUCCUGACGUGGCGAUCUUUAUUAGUUGUUUCUAGGGAAUGGAAAUAUUAUUGGCUUCAUCUGAUUCUCUACAUGCUGCUCACACUAUGUAUUGGUACUGUUUUUUCUGGUUUGGGACAUUCCUUGUCUUCUGUUGCGACAAGAGUUGCAGCAAUUUUUGUAUUUGUAUCAUUUUGUUCGCUUUUAAGCAUUGCUCGGGUGCCUGCGCUAAUGAAAGAAAUCAAGAUUUAUACCUGUGAAGAAUCAAAUGAGCACUCCAGUACUAUAGUAUUCUUACUCGCGCAGCUCCUGUCGAGCAUCCCAUUUCUUUUUCUCAUUGCAAUUUCAUCGAGUCUAGUGUUCUACUUCCUCGUCAGGCUGCAAGAUCAGUUCAGCUUGUUAAUGUACUUUGUCCUGAAUUUUUUCAUGACUCUCUUAGUAAAUGAAGGAAUCAUGCUAAUUGUGGCUGCUUUGUGGCAAGAUGUUUUAGGAAGUCUCUUGACUCUCUUGUGCAUACAUGUGGUAAUGAUGCUUUCGGCAGGGUAUUUUAGAAUGCGGAACGCUUUGCCUGGACCUGUGUGGAUGUAUCCAAUGUCCUAUAUAGCUUUUCAUACAUACUCUAUUCAGGGGCUAUUGGAGAAUGAGUACCUUGAGAACUCGUUUGCAGUGGGGCAAGUUAGGACCAUAAGUGGGUUCCAAGCGCUCCAAAAUGUGUACAAUAUUUCACCUGAAUAUAAUUCAAAGUGGAAAAAUUUGUUGGUAUUGUUUGUAAUGGCAAUGGGAUACCGUAUUAUAGUGUUGGUUUUGUUAUUCUUGUUAGGCAGCAGAAAAAUGUGGCUCCUCAAAAGGUUCAAGUGUAAUAGGGAUACAACAGACACAAGUUGAUGUAUAUAUGUCAACCAACCAUGUAUGUUGUCCCCUAAUUCUUUUUUGUUCAUCAAGUUAUAUUAAUUCAUUAACAUCCUUUGGUUAAUGAACGAGCAAA